AACAAAUAUGGCUACAGAAAUAAAGCCCGUGGUUGAAACCGUAAAUAAACAAAUGUAGAAAACAUAAUAGGUGUAGUGCUAACAGACAUUAUAACACUCUGUGAAUAAGUUACGAAGACUUUAAAAAUGGAGUCUCAUUUACACGAUGUGAAUUUAAAAAUGGACCAACAUAUGCACGACGUUAAUGUUAUAAGCAUCAAAAUGGACUCUUUGCACGAUGUUAAUAUGAAAAUGGACAACCGGUUGCAAAGCAUAAACAUUAAAAUGGACCCGCGCAUGCACGAUGUCUCAAUCCAGCAUGAUAACAUGAAAAUGGAUGGUCAUAACAUGCACGAUACACAAGUGAAUAUGCACGAAGCUCAGAUAACGCAACUCAGUCAAUUACCUUUGCAGCCCCAGCAAAUACACAUGCAACCUGUCCAAGAUCAGAACAUACCCCAAAACCCACCCGAAUUACAAGAGCAACCGAUAAAACCGCGAGUGGAGAACAAGAAGAAAAAGGAGGCGAUAGACGGCCAAGCGCGCGAAAUAAUUUUUAAGGUGAUAAAAUUUUUCGAGAGCGAAAAACAAAACCGCGGCUACCAUUUCCCAGUCGAGAAUGUUGUCAAAAGGGCCUGCGCCGCAACAGGUUUAUCAGAAAGUACGAUAAAACGGAUAAAGCGCGAAGGUUUGAGAGCAGAGGCUAAUCAAACUAAAAUGACCGGACCAAAGAAGAAACGAGUACGCAAAACUAAAGUCCAACUAGAUUACUUCCAGCUUUGCGCAUUAAGAGGUAUUGUCAAUGCGUAUUCCAUGCGUAAAGAGGUCCCUACAUUGGGCAAAAUUUUAACAGCAGCGAAACACGAGCUAAACUACAGGGGCGGUAAAGAGUCGCUUAGAUUAAUAUUAUUAAAUAAGUUAGGUAUUAAGUUUAAGAAAUGCGAGAAGAAGAAUAAAAAGCCACCCGAGCCAGUUGCUCCAGCACAACAAAUAAUGGCGCCCGUAAUGUCCCAUCUACAAAUGCAACCUAUGAAGCCGGAGAACCAAUGUAUAUAUACUAACAUGAUGCCUCAGGUUCCACCUGUAUCCUACUAGGUACUAGACAAUAAUAACUACACUUGAAACUUCUAAUCAUGUAAAUCUAUUGAUUGAAAUUCAAUAUUUAAUUACAUAAUUAGAACUUUCUUUGGUUUUGGCCUAUUUGAACACAAAGAUCAGUUUUAUAUGUGGAAACAUUAUUUAAUCUGAAUUAUGUUUCUAAAAAUGAAAUGUGAUAGUAAAUGUGUUCAAGAUAAAUGAUAGGUUAUUGUUGCAUAGCUAACAUAAUUGUGCAUAUGAAAUUACCAAACUUUUCAGGACCCACGAAAAGGACUUUCCAUAUUAUGCAAUUUAUUUAUUUAAUGGACAAUCAACAGGUUACAAAAUCUCU